CCGGCGGUUCCUCUGCUACCACUCUUCCUCUUCCGGCCCUCCCCUCUCUAGCCGGAACUCGGGGGUCGCCGCCACGCCCGUUCAUUUCCUGGCUACGAUCUCGACCGCCGCUUCGCCCGCCACCGUCGCACAAGCCGACCUUCGCCGCCGGCCGCCUCACCCAAUCCUCGGGCCCCUAAAGCACACACAGAUCCCUCUUGGAAUGGCGAGCCAAGAGAAGCCCGUCGCGCCGUCGCCAUCUCCUCCUCCGCCGCCGCAACCACCGGCGCCUGAGGGAGUCCCCCGCAUCCGUGGGCCGGGCAGAGGCGCGGCGGGCGGCGGGUACCCUAACCCUCCGGACGCGGCGCUGCCCGACGCGGCUACGCUGCGGGACCAGUGGCGGUUCGCGGUGCGCCAGUACAGCCGGUGGUACUCCCAAGCCUGGGGCACCGCCAUCCUCGCUGGCGGCGCCUUCUUCGCCCUGGGCUGGCUCGUCAAGGGUUCCAACCCCCUUCCCUCCCGCGCCGAAUCCCAUUCCCCCAACGAUGCCAACGCGGCCGAGGAGAAAAAGUGACUGAAGAUAGCUGGAAAAGAAAUUCUGCGUGUUCCAAACUGACAAGCUAUGUGCUCAUACGCUGUAGUAUAUUUUGAUCAAGUCUGCAAAAUAAUGGUGCGUUUCGUACUCCAAGCUCAGGAGUAUCAUGUAAAUAUGAUGAGAUGUGGAUGAUUUCAUGCAAUAGAAGAGUUCUUUUUCAAAGUUUUAUUUCUCUGGGAAUUUUCAUAUGUUGUACAUAUAUGUGUGUUUUGAGUUAAAAAUAAUAAUACGUGGAGCGCAUGAUA